AUGGCUCCCCUCCGAUCCGUCGUCGCCGCUGCCCUGCUCCUGGUGUCCGCCGCUCAAGCGCACUUCAAACUGAACGCUCCGCCGACGAUUGGCUUUAGCGAUGAUGACGAAGGCAAAGCCCCCUGCGGAAGCUUUACUCCCGACUUCACCAAGAACAAUGUGACGGACUUUCACGUUGACGGCGAGGCCGUCGCGUUGCUUUUGGCUCAUCCCACGGCCAAUUGGCUGUUCCGCGGUACCCUCGACAAGACGGCUGGUGGAAAUUGGAAGCAGCUCUUCCCUAUCGUUCAGCAGACAGGUCUCGGAGACUUUUGCGAACCUUCUGUGACAGCGCCCGCCAGCUGGGUAGGCAAGAUGGGCGUCUUGAGCGUCGUCGCUGAUGGUCCUGAUGGGCUGCUCUACCAGUGCUCCGCAGUCAACUUCGUCUCUGGUGCCGGCACCAAACCCGCGUCUUGCAAGAACGCCACGACGGUCACGGCCACCUUCACCACAGACUCGAAGCUCACAGCACUACUUGCCAACGGGACUGGAAGUUCCACUCAGCCAUCGACAUCGGCGAGUGCUGCCGCGCCAGUCAACCGUGCUGCUGUCUCAUUGGGUGGCCUCUUCGUGGUUGGAGGCGCUGCCGUCGUAGGCUCGGCGCUGCUGUAA